CACCUGUUGCUGGUCUUGGCGCGGAGUCCGAUCCAGUCGGGCUGCUUGUUAACGGCGCGCCCGAUCGAUACCCCCCCGUUCGUUUUAAGUACUGAAGGGAGUGCGGGUUAGACCCGUGCCUCACGGGGCUGUGACACAGCGGCAGCAAUCAGAAGCGGUUAUAGGUUCUGCCCCGGGAUGGGGGUGGGAGCAGAACCCACAGUUGAAGUCAAACUUUUCUCCACUUUCCAAGCUCUCAUCACAUAGAAAUGCCUUUGAAUUCCCAAAUUGAGGAAAGCAUUCAGAUAACCGGUUUGACAGAUAACUCAAUUGGCAGGAAAGCUGAAUUGGAAGCGAGGAAGACAUGUAUCGUGCUGCAGAUGAAAUAGAAAAGGAGAAAGAGUUACUUAUACAUGAAAGAGGGUUAUCAGAACCUAAAUUAAGUGUAGCGCCUGAAAUGGAUAUCAUGGACUACUGCAAAAAGGAAUGGAGAGGAAAUACGCAAAAAGCUACAUGUAUGAAAAAGGGCUACGAAGAGGUAUCUCAGAAAUUCACCUCCAUAAGGCGAGUCCGCGGAGAUAACUACUGUGCGCUGAGGGCCACGCUGUUCCAGGCCAUGAGCCAGCCAGCGGGGCUGCCCUCCUGGCUGCAGGACCCGGAGCUCACGCUGUUACCAGAAAAACUCAUAAGCAAAUACAGCUGGAUCAAGCAGUGGAAACUUGGAUUGAAAUUUGAGGGGAAGAGCGAGGACCUGGUUGAUAAAAUUAAGGAGUCCCUCACUUUACUAAGAAAGAAGUGGGCAGGCUUGGCUGAACUGAGAACUGCUGAAGCAAGGCAGAUAGCUUGUGAUGAACUGUUCACAAAUGAAGAGGAAGAAUAUAGCCUUUAUGAAGCUGUAAAAUUUUUAAUGUUACACAGAGCCAUUGAACUAUAUGAUGAUAAAGAGAAGGGAGAGGACGUACCAUUUUUCUCUGUGCUUCUGUUUGCUCGGGACACAUCCAGUGACCCUGGACAGCUACUGAGGAACCAUCUAAAUCAGGUGGGACACACUGGUGGCCUCGAACAGAUUGAAAUGUUCCUUCUGGCCUAUGCUGUGCGCCACACCAUCCAGGUGUACCGGCUCUCCAAGUACAGCACUGAGGAGUUCAUCACGGUCUACCCUACAGACCCACCCAGGGACUGGCCGGUGGUGACCCUGAUUGCCGAGGACGAUCGGCAUUACAACAUCCCCGUCAGGGUGUGUGAGGAGACGAGUUUGUGAGAGACAUACACCCGGACAGCCUGGCAGCAGGACCAAGGUGUGCAGGCUGCUCCUCAGCUUGGGCCUCGGCUUGCUGGUCUCUUAGAAUGAAUUACGUGGACUCUUGGACCCUGUGAGCCAAGCUGGCCUGGGAUGUUCUGAAGACUAGCUUCUGAUAAUGAGUUAACCAAGUUUUCUUCUCAUUUAUGAUGCAAUAUGUUUUAGUGGGGCCUUUCAGAGACACAUCUGUUGGAAGCUGCACACUCCAUCUUUGUUAUAAAACAAAUACUUUAGUAUCAGAAGAAUAUUCUUUAUAUCUCAAACCAAACUUUCUCUAUUAGUAAACUGGCUUUCAAAUUUUUUUUUAAUAGUAAUUUUUUUGUUUUUGUGGUAAUGGGUCUCUGUGGUGCCCUUCCAAUGCAGUCUGCUUACGUGGUAUAAUUCUGGGAUGGAUUCUGCUAAUGGCAGUCUCGACAUCCUCUGAUAGUCUUGGCAAGCAGGGGUUUGGAUUUAUAUACUAAUUAAAGCUACCUUAAACAGAUCAUUUAAUAGAUGAUUGAGAAUUGGUUUUUUAAAGGCUGGAGAAGGAGCAGGAAGGAGACGAUGGCACCUGUAAAUCCUUGCUCUUCGACGACAUGACCAGUGUUGAGGCCGCAGCCACACCAGGUCUGGUGCUGGGUGCAAGUGGUGUGCUCUAGUGUUGGGCUGUUUAUUACUCUGUGGCCCAUAGGUUCACUAUUAUAGUCAGAACAGAGUUCCGAUCUACCUGCGUUUUUAGAGGAGGAAACCAAGGCCAAAUGACUGCAAGCACUCAGAUAUCUGAGUUUAGGGGUGGGAUAAGCUGGAUCCAGGUCUUCCUGUGCCCUUUUCCUACUAUUUUUUGGGAUGUUUCUAUUGCCAAAUUCAUCUGCUGGCAGGGGAUGAGUAACAGCAGAGUAGCUAAGGUUUUUCAUGAGUUAGUUUAAGCAGAAGUGCGUACUAAAACAGUGCAAAAGUAUGGCUAUGCUGCAUCUGUCCCUGAUUUGGUUUGGAAAACCUGAGGGAGGCAGUGUUCUGGGCCCUGAGCAGUUGCCUGCAUGGUGACUGGGUGGUGGUUAUGGGGCAGCCUCUCUGAGUGUGGCCUGCAUUAGGACCUGAAUUGUCCACGUGAGGCGUGGACAGUGCUCACAGUUACCAGACACGUCACUCUUUAGGGUUGUACCAGCAGCACCUGAAUUGGCUCAGCAUUAGUAGAGAUGGUGUUUCCCUGAAGCACUGAGCUUUAUUUUAAAAUAACUUAAAUCUUUAUUUGGUGCAGUUUAAUAGUUUAUAAGCUCUCUAAUCUGUGUUUUUUCAGAGGGGCGAACCUUUUUUGAAAAUCUAAGUUUUGCUUUCACUUCAAAUUCUUAGUUGAGAAAACUCAGAGGCCACACAAAACUAUUCAGACUGUUACGUUAGUAUUUUCCCCAUGACCUCAUCAGUAAUAGUCACCACAUUUGGUAGAUGCUAAUUCUCUGAAUCAAAUUCUGCUCUAAAUGUGUGUGGAUUGGGGAAGCUUGUGUUUUUCACUGUGAAAUGCAAUGGUGCCUGGAUAGGAGGUGCUUAGAAGCCAAGUUUAAGUAAUAAUAAUGACUUCUUGUUGACUCUGAUGCUUCAUUUUAGUAUUUGUAACAUAACAGGAAACACAUAACAUUUCAUUCUUGAAUAUUUUUAAAAGCGAACUUCAAAUGUGUAGGUUGAACAAGGCAGCAGGGGUCUGUGUUCCUCUGACCAUUUGUUCAUACCCACCAUUGAAUUUAAUGAUACUCAUGAUCAUCUGUCUUUGAAUUUUGAAAAUAAUCUAAUCUCAGUGAACUUGAACUGGACUUCUGGGCAACUUAAUUGUUUACAUUUUAUACUUUUUUCUUGUUUCUAUGUAUGAUAUUGUUAAAUUGUGGUCUUUACUCCUACACUGAUAAAAAUUCAAAAAGGUAAGUUUAACUGGUUUUCUGUCCUAAGGCCUUAUUGGAUGGACUCUGCUCUCAGACAUCGUCCAGGCUUAGCGGGAUCACAGCAUAAGAGGAGCAAAGCUGUCUAUGAAACAGUGCUUCAGGAAAUAUAGAUGAUUGGCCAUCUUUAAAAAUAACAUUUGUUUGUUGCAACAUGCAACUUCAGUUAUUCAGAGUCCUAAUUCAAUUUCUCAUUCCUGGUCUUGGGCUGGUCAGUGACAUGAGCAGAAUAGAAAUUAAAUUGAGACCAAAAUGGAUUCAAGAGGACAGUUAUUUAGAAGGACCUCUAAAAUGAUAAAGUAUCUAGAAGGAAAGUUAGUGGGAACUGCACUGUGCUUACUUUCAAUCCCAGAGUUUAUUGCGAGAGUUCAGAGAUUUUGGACCCUAUGAUUUUGGCAGAAAGAUAAUCUCCACCUUAAGCAGGCAUGACUUACACCUUUGAGCUCAUUUAAGGUACAUUUAAAUAAAAAAGAAUUUCUGUGUAGCAAGUUCCAUGGCAUUAGCUUUGCUCCUUCAGAAUUUUUUCUGGCUCCCCUCCUCACCUGCAUAUACAGCUGUUCGUCUCACCCAUACACGUGGAACGGUGAUGUCGGCAGUGAGAACAUGAGGCCAGUGUGUGGUUUUUCACUUGUGAUCUAGACGUAGGUGGAAUUUGAUCUGAAAUGCUUGCAGUUCCUCUUCCUUCGAAUACGGCAUAUGUGAAAAUGUAAGAAAAACAGACAUUGCCUUUGUGUUCAUUCAUUAGUCUUAACAGGUAGAAUCUCAGGCCACGUGCACUAACACCUCUGAUGGGAGAAACGGCCUUUGCGGGUUAUGUGCUUGUUUUCUUUUUAGUGUUUUUGUUUUAAGAGGCUGUGCUAGUCCUCCUGCUCUCACCCUCACCCCCACAUGCCGUUUUCCUUGUAGUUUCGCUUUUGAAGAUCUUCCCUGACUGAAGUGCUUAUGAAAAUGACAUCAUUGCAUUUAAUGAUAUAGCGCCUUUACCAUCGGCAUAGAUGAAGGACUCCAGUAGGCUUCCUGGCUGUUCUCCUUUCUGAUGUUAAAAUAAAGUUAGAUUAUCUUCUUUGCUCUCUUUCUUAAGCAACACUUUGCAGGUACUCCCCCUUGAAAGCCAGAAAGUUAUUUUCAAAAGUACUAGUAUAUACCUCUAGGGCAUCUCACUUGUAGGCAUACAUAAAAAUAAAUGCCUUUUUAAAAAGAUCUGUGACUACUGUGAAGUGAAUCUAAAAUAUGUGUGAAAGGCCUGGAGUGUCCCCAAAUAGUUUAGCAGAAGCAGAGUCCAAUGUCAAGUCAUUUAAAAAUGGCCCAAGGAAUUGUACAAAGUGAACCGAAGGAGGACUGAUUUUAGAUAAGAAAUGCUACGUAGAAACGAAACAACAGAUGCCUUGCACACCUCCUGGGUUUAAGUUAUAAAAGAAUACAAGUCUGAAAGAGGGAAGGAUUUAUGUGGGUGGAUUCUGCACAUUCCUUUUUCUAAAGUUUAUUAAGUCCCCAUGUAACAGAAGUGUAACAUUUAAUGCCUUUGGGCAACCUCAUUGGUGAUCUCUUCUGAGGGGUGAAGAGACCAGGGAGCCAGUGCUGAGUUGUACAGAGAAUAAAGAUGAGCACCUCUUUUUAACAUUUGUGUAAUUCUAUUUAUAACCUGGAACCAUGGAAAACACAAAACUAAACUAAUUUGACUGCCUGCCCAGCACCCUAGUGGCAGUAGCAUUGGGAGCAAGGUGGGCUCGCCAUGCCCAGGAGGUGUGUGUGUGUUGUACGUGCAUGCAAGCACAUACAUGUAUGUAAAUGUAUGUGUGCUGAAGUCACAUAGUGACUGUCUUAUGUCCGGAGGCCUACAGCAGGGGGCCCAACAGAAUUGGGUAGGGUGGAGGGGAGCUGUCCCAUUUAUAUUUUUUUUCAUGGUAAAUUGAAAUUUAUGACUGGGAAUGGUGGAAUGGGUUAAUGUGUAUAAUUAAACUAUACAGAGUGGCCAUUAAAUCUGAAAAUACAUUAAUUGUAUUGGAAUGUUAUAUCAACAAACUAUUGUAUAUGUCUCUGUUCCCAGGCCUUAUGGCCACCUGUAUAUUUAAAUAUUUCAAAUGCUUAUUAAUAGCCAGAGCUAUUAAUGGAGAACAUUGACUGGAGUUUUAUCUCAGUCUUGUUGAUUUCUUGGGUGUAAGUCUGGGUCAGGAAUGAAAUUGCCAAAACAUGGGUAACAGCAAGGAAACGGUCCGGGUCCGGGCUUGAAAUAUCAAGUCAGCAGUCGUUUCCCUGUGGUUGAACUUAAUAAAGUAAUUUUGUAUUUAAUUUUAACAGUUGUAUUAUAUUGAAAAAUGCCUUCGCAUAAAUGGUGCUAGAGUAUGGUACCCCUCCCUUUCAGGUUCACUCUGAUUACUUCUGAGUAUUUAGAUAUUGGAACAAAGAGCCAAAAUGAAUGUAUUUAAUGAGUUAUCUGCUCUUUUCCAUUGCUUUUAUAGAAAUGUCUUGGUAUUGUCACCUGCCCUGGUAUUUCUCCUGCUGCAGGCGGGGCUGGGAAGGGAGAGAGAGCAGCAGGAACACGAGGUGUGAACCUGGCCCUGCUCAUCUUGGCUUGUUUAGCCAAGUCUCUGUUUACACUGUAAAAUGUCAACAUUUGUCAAAAAAUUCUCCUGCUCUGAAAAACAUGCCCCAGGCUCUGGUCAGGUCGGGGCCUCGCCUCCCACCUGCCUCUGCAGCGGGACACCUGGCUCAGGGCAUAAGAGUUUCCUUUGUGACUUGUUGAGUCUCAUCUUCACAGUCAAAAAAUAAACAGAAAAUAAAAACUCA